AUGCAGAAACAUUAUGAAGCUGAUGGACAUAUUGUACGUUCAGGUACGCGUAUACGUGAAAGUGUACGUUGUUUACCGAGAGGGCAUUUUCAACAAAUCCGAGAAAUGUUCGAUACACAAUCGUAUUCAAUGAAAAAUCUAUCGGCGAUUCACGAACGACGAGAAAAACUUAAGCCAUAUCCAUCACAUGUUUUACUUAAAUUACCUGUGGCUGACGAUGAAAAAUUACAACAUUCACCAAUUAUGGAUGAUAUCGUUGUCACGGAAAACGAUAGAUCUAUGGAAGAACAUUAUCAAAUACUUCGCGCUAAAUGUAUGAAUCCAAAGAUUCAAAAUUCUUCAAAACGAGACGAGAAAUCAUUGAAAUGUAAGUUAUCAACGCCAAUUGAACAACAGUUUCGUAUAGACACAUCACCAUAUACAACAUCAUUGCCUCCACAACACACAUCUUCAAUCGACUUUGAAAAAUCCAUUUUAACAUCUGAUCAACAUCGUCGUCAACUAGCUAUGGCUGCGGCUGUCAACUAUGCUGAUAGUUAUGAAUCCUCGUCAACAUCGAAUCAUUUGAAUCGUAUGGGCAGUACGCGUCAGUAUGUUUCGAAUUUACAACGUACACUAGCUGUUCAUGCUAAACCGGUUCUUGUUAAAACAACUUGUAAUGUUGUAAAACAUAAUCCUACAAUAGCGUACGAUAACGAUAAUAAAUUAUUUCAAUCAUCUCGAAGUCUUCAUUCAACAACGUCACUUUCAUCGACUGGCUAUGAUUCAAAUUCAUCGCCAUCUAUAAUAUCAAAGCGAAAUUCCCUAGUAACAGAUCGUAGUAAUGAUCAUUCAUUGUCCAAUGAUGAACAUCAAGCAUUGAAACCUUGGGCUUUAUACGAAUCUGGCAUCGAUACUCCAGUAACAAAUGCGAAUUCCUAUUCAAGUGAUGAAGUUUUCGAUAAUGCAUCGGUGAUUAGUCGUUCACGUAUUAAAAUAGAUUAUUCGCCUACGUCAACUUUUCAAUGUCACCCAAUAUCGAUUAUUCAUCAUACAACAACGCAUAAACCAUCUACACUUGAUUCUCCUUCAAUUUCAUCGAAUUCAUCUUCAGUAUCAUCAAAAUUUAUUGUUCAAACAACUUCAUUUCCUGAUAGUGCAAACAAUGAUAGGAAAACGCAAUCUAUUGAUCGUCGAGAAACACUUUCUUUAAGACGAAAACAAAAAUUAGAUUCAACAAGUUCAACCGGUUUUCCAACUCAACAACGAUUAUCUGCGAAUGCUCCGAUUGUCGUACAAAAGUCAAACAAUGACCGAGAAGAAAAUCCGCUGCCAACCGUUGAAAAUCCUUUAUUUCACCAAUUGCCACCAAGAAAACCACCGCGAACAUUUCAACAAGAACAACGAUUCAAUUAUGCAUCGAAAAUCAUCGAUCAAAAAGUGCCUUCGUCGUCGUCGUCAUCAUCGUCAUCAACAAGAGAUUCGCCUACGUUUGAUCUCGGUGCUCGUUCGAUUAGUUGUAUGGAUUUAACUGCAGGCGUCUCAAGUGCUUUACUAUCAAGUGGUCUCUUACCAUUAGAUAAAGACCAUACUGAUAGUGAAUGUAAUUCAAAUAUUUUAUUUAAUAAUACAAAACAACUUGGUUACGAUGAAAAUAUUUAUGAAGAAUUAAAAACACCGAUAGCAACAUUUGAUAGAGAUGAUGUUCAACAAUUCGUUUUUGAUAGUAAUAAAACACAAACGCGGAAUGGAACAUUACAUGAUGUUAAUUUUCGUACGCCAUCAAAGAAAACGAAAGUCAAUAAUCACGUGACGCACGGCAAAUCUGUCAUGAAGAAAGGUGUUAGCGAACCAAAUCUUGCUAAAACUAAAUCAUCAUCGUCAUCAUCAACAUUUUUUUCACCACGGGGUCUUAUCAAUCGUUUCAAACGUAUGCUGCCAUUGUCGUCUUCAAAACAAUCAUUAAACGAAAAAUCAAUCAAUGAUAUACACGGUGCGAAUAUUGAUAGUGACGAUUCAACGAGUAUAUCAUCAGAAAAUAAUGAUGAUAUUCGAACAUCAAGACUGGAUCAUGUUAGUCGAGUCAAAAAUGUAUAUGAUUCCUUAGGAACUGGGAAUCACAUGAAAAGUCUCUUCACUGAUCCACAUCAUGUAACACCGCAACGUCAAUUAUCCAGUCUAUAUGAUUAUGUCGUUCAUAUUUUACCCGAACAAGAAAUCGGUUAUUUCGCCAACGGUAAUGGUUGUCUUUCAUCUUUGAAUUUGAAUGUAAAUCCUCAAAUUACCACAGUUACAUCGGUUCGUUUUAAAUAUCCAUCAGAUGUCAAUGAUGAAUCAUCAUUGAAAUAUUUUUGUUUUCCUGAUCAACACGAUUCAAAUAACAAUCGCAAUAUCAGUUCGUUUUUAUCACCCAUGAAAUCAAAAUCAGAAUAUUUUCGUUUUACAUUAACGGAUAUGCGCGGAAUUCGUCAGCAUGGUUAUUGUUCGCGUUUCGUACAUAAAGGUAUUUUAAAUGCAUUAUGUAUUAUAUCUCCAUAUGAUAUGAUCGAUAUAUAUGAGAAAAUUCUUUCAACAGCAACACAAUUAUUCAUUUCGUAUAAAGACGAAGAUGCAAAAUUAUUCCUAAAAGAAAUCUAUCCACAUCGUUUACCGAGUUGCGGUGAUACGAUACAUAUACAAACAUCAACAGUUGGAUUAUUUUCAUUGAAAUGUGAAUAUGAUCGUCGAAAACAAUUAAUUGAUUCAGUUACUUUGCUGAGUUUAUCUACAGAUACAAUCAUAAAAAUAUUCUCAUCGAUUCUCUACGAACAAAAACUCAUAUUUAUUAGUAAUGAGCUCGGUACAUUAACACGUUUAAUCAAUACAUUUAUUUGUCUACUAUAUCCAUUUUCAUGGCCACAUACUUAUAUACCUGUAUUACCAGCAUUAAUGCUCGAUAUCAUUCAAGCACCAACACCAUAUAUAAUCGGUAUUUUACGUUCCUGUGAAAGUUAUCUAUCACGAAAUGAUGAAUUUCUCUCACAAGAUAAUUCCGAUAUACUUAUUGUUGAUAUUGAUCAUGAUCGUAUACGUUCAUUAAAUGAUUAUUUAUCAAAUGAAUCCUAUCGUGGAUCAGCUGAAAAUGUAAAUCGUCAUUUUUUACAAUUUCAAAUUCUUCCGAAAAUUUUCAAAAUUGAAUUAAAACAAGAAAUAUCAUUGUUGAGAAAAAAUAAAUUAAAUUUAUCCAUGGAUGAUUGCCGGCAACGUUUACAAAAUUUAUUUAUGUCAAUUUUUGUUCAAUCAUGUUACAAUUAUAAGAAUUAUUUAAAUGCAACAUUUGAUAUUGAUCUUUUUGUUCAAUCGAAACAACAUACAAUUGAAUUAUUUUUAGAAUGGUUCACCCGAACACAAAUGUUUGAAUUAUUCAUUCGAGAAAAAUUAGAUUCCAAUCUAAAGAAUUCCUUUGCUAUUACAUUUGAUUCAGCUUGUGAAAAGUAUCGUCGAACAUUAAAGAAACAAAUACCACAACGUAUUACAGUCAAGUCAGUUAAACGAAAAGCGGCCAUAAGAGCGAAUAAACAGGACAAUCGAAUUUAA